CUUUUUGGUUCUUGUCUUUGGUUCUUGUCUUGGUUCUUGAUGAUCAAAUUACUUUUUAUUGUGGUCAAGUUCUUCACAAUCCAUUGGGGUUAAAAAUUUAUUCUUUCGUAUCCGUUUCGUUCUUUGCAUGUAAACAUAUCGCAAAAGAAUCCCCAACUACGAUCUGCGAAAGAAAACGAAGAAGAAUCCUAUUUACAGUGAACACGUCGACCGUCCGUUCUAUCUUUGCCUCCUCAUCGUCGACAAUGAAGUGGGAGAAACUGCAGAUUCAACCCACGGUAACAAGUGGGCCAGGGAAAAGGUGGGGACACUCCUGUAACGCUAUUAAUGGAGGCAAGCUUCUGUAUGUUUUCGGCGGCUUUGGCAAAGAUAACCGUCAGACAAAUCAAGUACACAUCUUCGAUACUGUUAACAGUACUUGGAGUGAGGCAGAGAUGAAAGGGAUUCCACCAUUGGCAAGGGACAGUCACACCUGCACCACUAUUGGGCAUAACCUAUUUGUGUUUGGGGGUACAGAUGGAAAAAACCCUCUGAAUGACUUGCAUAUACUAGACACCUCCUCAAAUACUUGGCUCUUGCCAAGUGUAAGAGGUGAGAUACCUCAAGCAAGGGAAGGGCAUAGUGCGUCUGUCAUUGGAAAAUGCCUUUACAUAUUUGGUGGUAGUGGAAUGUCUGCACAUACUUUGAAAGCAGAAUACUAUAAUGAUCUCUACAUCUUGAAUACUGAGACCUUUGAAUGGAAGCGUGCAGAAACAUCUGGCAUUUCACCAGCUAGACGGUGUACAAAUACGUGUUCAUCAUGGAAGAACAACAUCAUUGUAAUAGGUGGUGAAGACUCUAAUGACUAUUAUCUCUCUGAUGUUCACAUCCUUAACACAGAUACUCUUGUUUGGAAGAAGCUCAUCACCUUGGGGCAACCCUUUACACCUCGAGGUGGACAUACAACGGUUGUAUUAGGCAAGAACAUAUUUGUCUUUGGUGGUUUUGCAGACGAGUCAAGCCUACAUGACGAUAUUUUCAUGCUUGAUAUGGACACCCGGGUGUGGACCAAGGUAAUGGGUGCAGGUAGUGGACCUUCUGCGAGAUUUUCGUGUGCUGGAGACAUAAUAAAUUCAUCUAAGAGUGGUGUUUUUGUACUUAUUGGUGGUUGCAAUAUUAAUCUUGAAGCACUGAGUGACAUGUAUUAUCUUCACACAGGGCUUGCAUUUGAAGAAGGUGGAAAGCCGGAGAAGUUGUCUUUGAGGAAGCAACUAAAGUUGAAGUGCCAGGAACAAAGUAUGCUUCAACCUUUAGUAGUCAGACCAGAAACCUUGCCACACUAUGCAGAAUCGAGUAAGGACUAUCCCAAUUCUAAUGCAGACAGAUAUAAUGUGUACCCAAAUGCAUAUCAUCUCCUUCCAGGAAGCACUACUUUUCAUGCCAAGGUCACCAAAAACCUCCCAGUUGGAUAUACCAUUGAAACUGUUAUAGAUGGGAAACUUCUUCAUGGAGUAGUAUUUCCUAAUAAUGUGAGCACCAAUAGCAACCAAAACUGCCCUAAAAGGAAAAGGGUAGCCACAGAAGUUGAUGGAGCAAAGUUUAACAGCGACAAUGGGUCCAAUCUAGAAACUAUUACAACCCCAAUGCAGGAUUCAGUGCAGAAGAAGAGGCAGACAGAUGAUAUGAAGGGCACAACAACCUCUGAUGGUUCUCAACCCCAUCAGGUCUUUGCAAAUAUAAAAGAUUCAACAAGUGCCUCUGACCAAAUUUUGGAAGAUAUGAGAAUUUCAGGCAUGGAGGGUCAUGAGGUGAAGGCAUCCACUGCGGCCAACCCCAUUACAUCAACCAUGACUGAGGUCUUUGCAAACUUAAAAGAUUUGGAAGAUGGUCAGGAUAGUGCUAUGCCAAAUUUAGGAACUGAGGGUUGUGAGGAAAAUGCAUCGACUACUGCCAACCUCAUUACAUCAACCAUGAGUCAGGUCUUCCCAAACUUAAAAGAUUUGGGAGAUGGUCAACAUAGUGAGCCAAUUUCAGGCACGGAGAUUCGCGAGGAAAAUGCAUUGACUACAAGUACCCUCAUUGCAUCACCCACGAGUGAGGUCUUUGCAAACUUAAAGGAUUUGGAAUAUUGUCAGCAUAAUGAUAUGCCAAUUUUAGGUAUUGAGGGUAGCAAGGAGAAUGCAUCUACUACAGUCAACCUCAUUACAUCAACCGAGAGUCAGGCACAAGAGCAGAUGCAGAAUCUAGAAGAUCUUCAUGCUUGUACUGUUGACUAGUUUAGAACAUCAUCAUUUUUGUAAUGUUUAUGAAAAGAUAAGAGAAGAGAAUUGGUAGUUGAUCAUCCCAUUUUGGUUCCUUCCUUGUUGAUGUUUAGAUGCAAAUAAGGACUUAGUUAAUACAAAAAGCUUGUUUUCCCAUGCAUGCUGGUACAGGGAGGAGUAACUACUGCUUCUUACUCUGUUUCAGAUCGAGUUGAACCUCACAGUCCAUACAAAGUUGAAAUCAAGUUAAAACUUCAUUCAGAAAAACUUUGAUUUUCUAUA